CGGCCGACGGUCCGUUCGGUUUCGGGCGUUACCAUCGUCCGUGCGCUCCGCCCUGCCUCCAGGUGAGUCUCCCAUCGGCAGACGCAGAAGCGCCGGCCUUCGGUUGGCUUGAGGAGCGCAGUGGACCGUUUGGCGCCCACCAGGGCGAUCAGUAUUUUGGGUUUUUCAUUUCUAGAUCUGGUAAUUCUACGCUGAAGUCGUCAUGGGCUUUUUCCAAUUGCUGAAGAAAAAUAAGGAACUCAUUCCCUUGGUGGUGUUCAUGGCUGUGGCGGCCAGUGGAGCCUCAUCUUUCGCUGUGUAUUCUCUUCGGAAAACCGAUGUGAUCAUUGAUCGAAAAGGAAAUCCAGAACCUUGGGAAACUGUGGACCCUACCGUACCUCAAAAGCUUAUAACAAUCAACCAAGAAUGGAAGCCUGUUGAAGAGUUGCAGAAGGUCCGAAAGGCGACCAAAUGAACCGUCUGCACCUCUUUGUUUUGAGGAGUACUCUAUAAAUCUAGUGGAAACAUUUCUGCACAAACUAGAUUCUAGACACCAGUGUGCGGAAGUGCUUCUGCUACAUUUUUAGGGUUUGUCUGCAUUUUUUGGACUCCGGAUAAGGAAUUAAAGGAGUGCAGCAAUAACUGCAUUGUCCAAAGUUAGUGCUUAUUUUCUUGUAAGUUUGAAUCUUGCAUAUUGAAAUUUUAUGUUUAUGAUAUAUGAAUGAUUUUCUUAAAAUUUAUAAAGCUUUGUAAAUUAGAUGGUCAGCAAUGCCAUUUGUGCAAGAUUUCUCACAGAGUAGAUAUAUAUUUAAAUGGAGGAGAAAAUAUUUUGAUGGGAGAAAAAUGCAUUUGAACCAUGAUAUUUCAUCUUUUAAUUAAUAUCCAGUACAGAUUUCUGUGUAAGCUUUUUUUUUUCCCUAAGUUCAUUCAUUCACUAGUAGGUUAUUGAGAUCUGUUUGCAGUAUAGGUAACAAAGUCAAAAUUUGGUGAGCUAUGAAUAAAAGAUGGUAAAGGAGA